AUGACUGCCCCCCUGCCGGAUCUCUUCACGCGGCACAGCCUGCCGAAGGACGCCCUUGCGGAUAACAAGGUCGAGGAGCUGUUUAGCGUUGCCGGGCGUGUGGUGGCCGGGCCGGCGUGCAACAUCGACUCGCCGGCCAGCUGCCUGGCGUUCGUGCACGCGCUGGCCCGGGCGCCGUACAACGUAACGCGCGUCAAUGCCCUGAUCAACAAUGCCUCGAUCCAGGCCCCGGGGCCGGUGGCCACCGACGACGCGGACGAGGCCCUGACCAAUGACGAUCUGGCGAGCAUUCAGCCGGCCGCGGGUUUGACGCCGGGGUCCACCUUCGACCAGGGCUUCGAGCGGGUGAUGCACACGAAUGUCAACGGCACCAUGUUCAUGACCCGAGCGCUCCUGCCGCUGCUCGAGCAGGCGGCUAGCCCGGAGGACCCGGCGCGGGUGCUCAUCGUGUCCAGUGUGAUGGGCAUCUCGGUGGGGCCGUUCGAUUCGAACUUCGCCUACAGCGCCAGCAAGGCGGCGGCGGUGCACCUGUCCCGGGCACUGGCCAGCUACUUCACCACGGUGGCGCCGAUUGCGGUGAAUGCCCUGGCUCUGGGGUACUUCAAGACCGAGAUGACCGAGGUCAUCACUCGGAAUGAGCGGUUCCAGGAGCUGAUCCUGGGGGCGACCGUCGGCGGCCGGGAGGCCCACGCGCAGGAUCUGGCCGCGGCGGUCAUCUACCUCCUGUCGCGCGGGGGGGCCUACGUCAAUGGCACGGUGCUGACCGUGGACGGGGGCUUUGCGCUGCGGUCGCGCGUCUGA